AUGGCAGAGAUCACGGGCACCACCGUCCUGUACGCCACAGUCGCCAGCGUCAUCGUCGGCGGCCCUCUGCUGGGCAUGAUGGGCUUCGUUCUGCUGGCAACCACGACCCUCCUCCUCAUCGCGGCGCCCCUCAUGCUUCUCUUCAGCCCGAUUAUAGUUCCUGCUGCCUUUCUCCUUGCUGCUUCCAUGGUGAGCUUUGGCGUCGCUGUUAUCAUGGGCUUCGCUGGGCUUUCGACGCUUACUUGGGCCUUUAGGAGUGUCGGGAUUCUGCCGGGUGGGAUUGGGUGGGUAUCGAGGGAGAAAGUGGAGGGGGGAGGGAUGGACUUCGGGGAGUAUUUGAAGAAGAAAGGGGGUGCUUAUGAGCCUAGGAUUAGUUGGCCGGAGAGGAGUUAA